AAGGAAGCAGCAAAUGUUAAAUCAGUGACUCAUGGCAUAGGAUGACUAAUUCCGCCAAAGCGCAGCUCGCGCCGGGCAUGGAAUUGGUGCCCAGCGCCUGGUGGGCAGAGCAGACAGGUGGGGGACACGGGACAGGGGGACAGCCCAGGCGAGGGCGUUUCGGGCGCGCCGGGACCUCCUGCCGCCCCCGCCUGCCGGGCAGCCUGAGCCGCUCGUCGUUCCCCUCCGCAGCGCGCUCGGCCAGAACCAGGGCGGGGAGGAACGGCCGGUCCCUCUUGGGCUCCGCAGCCCGGUGCCCGUGACCUACUUCCCGGCGGCGGCACCGCCGCUCCCCGCGCCGUCCCGCGGGUGCCGGUGCGGCGGGCGCGGGGGAGGAGCGCGCGCCUGUGCAGUGCCGGGGGGGCCGGGCCCAGCCCGCCGCCGCGUUACACAACCGGCCGCCGCAAGAGGCGAGUUUCACAAGUCCCGCCGCAGCUCGCCGGCAGCCCGCACCCACCGUGCGCCCACCCCACCCCGCCAGCCCUGCGCCGUGCCCUGCCCGCGUUUGUGCCAUGUCUCCUCCGGGCAGCGGGAGCCCGGGGCGGGCGGUAACCCCUGGUGCCGGGGGGACACCGCGCCGGAGCUGGGCAUGGCACUGAGAGCGGCUCCGUGACACGCAUCCUCCCGGACGGAUUAAUUUUUCUCCGUCUCUAUUUACAUGGUGAUAAGAAGUGUUAAUCCCACUCCGUCAGUCUGGACUGAUGAAUCUGAGGAAUAGAACAGAGCCCUGUGCUGUGUAAACGAACUGAUGGAUGAAGAUGAGAAGGACAGGGCAAAGAGGGCAUCACGCAACAAAUCUGAGAAGAAGAGGAGAGACCAGUUCAAUGUCCUCAUUAAAGAGCUUUGCACAAUGCUGCAGGGCCAUGGCCACCCUCUCAAGAUGGACAAGUCCACAAUACUGCAGAGGACCAUCGACUUCUUACAGAAACAGAAAGAAAUCACAGCACAGACAGAAGCCUGUGAGAUUAGACAAGACUGGAAGCCUUCAUUUCUUAGCAACGAGGAGUUCACCCAGUUGAUGUUAGAGGCACUAGAUGGCUUUCUCAUUGCUCUUACCACUGAUGGGAUUAUUAUUUACGUAUCUGAUAGUGUCUCGUCUCUGCUUGGACAUUUACCGUCAGAUUUGGUGGACCAAAAUAUAUUAAACUUUCUGCCUGAGCGGGAGCAGAGCGAGGUGUACAAGCUCCUUUCUCCACAUGUGCUCAUGACAGAUCCUGUUGCAGCUGAUUUCCUAAAUGCAGAAAAACAAAUAGAGUUUUGCUGCCAUUUAGCAAGAGGCAACUUAGAUCCAAAUGAACCCCUGAUGUAUGAAUAUGUGAAAUUUGUAGUGGAUUUUAAAUAUUUUACUCAUGUGCCUACACCCUCCUGUAAUGGCUUUGAGUCAGCUAUUGCACGAGCUUUCAGGUCAGCCACGGAGGAGCAGGUUUGCCUCGUAGCAACUGUUCGUCUCGUCACCCCGCAGUUCUUAAAGGAGCUCUGCAAUGUUGAAGAGCCAUGUGAAGAAUUUACAUCGAGGCAUAGUUUGGAAUGGAAGUUUUUAUUCUUGGACCACAGGGCUCCGCCUAUUAUAGGAUAUUUACCCUUUGAGGUUCUAGGAACGUCAGGGUAUGAUUAUUACCACGCAGAUGACCUGGAGCUUCUUGCUAGGUGCCAUGAACACUUAAUGCAGUUUGGAAAAGGAAAGUCCUGUUACUAUCGGUUCCUGACCAAAGGCCAGCAGUGGAUAUGGCUACAGACACACUACUACAUCACCUACCACCAGUGGAAUUCCAAACCCGAGUUCAUCGUUUGCACGCACCUGGUAGUUAGUUAUGCAGAAGUUCGAGCUGAAAGAAGGCGAGAUCUUGGCCUUGAAGAGUCAUCGAUUGAACUGGCAUCCUCUUCUCUAAAGAGCCACAGCAGCUACCUGGACGUGGGGCAGUGCGGCAGCAGCCAGGACGCCAGCCGGGAGGGACUGUCGCUGUCGUCCCACAGCUCCCGGCACUCCUCGCACACCGCCCUCUCCGAUUCUGCAUCCACAUCGUCCAUGCGACACACGGACGCCAGCACUCCCACACGGCCGUCAGUGCCGGGGGGGCAGGUGGAGAAGGCAGCCCUGCGGCUGGCAUCGGCUGCAAGUGCCCAGGCCAUAGCAGCUCCUCAAGCCCCUGGUGAACACCUUCCCCAGCAUCCCGUGGCUCAGCCGGCAGUCCCCUCUCAGCACGCUGUGAUGCCAGUGUACCAUUUCCCGACCCAACUGGGGAUGAUGCACCAGCUGAAAGAGCAGCUGGAGGAAAGGACACGCAUACUGCAAGCUGACAUCAAGACGCAGCAAGAAGAACUCCACGUCAUCAAGGAGCAGCUUCAGCUAGUGCAGGACUCCAACCUGCAGAUGCUGAUGCAGCAGCCGAUCCCAGUCGUCUUUAACAACGUGCAGCACCCCAGCCCCCGGCGGCCGCCAGGAACGCCCAGGCAGACCACAGCCAAGAAGUCCCAACAGCAAGGCCUGAUGGGGACGAAGCACUUCUGCAGCACCCGCCUGCCGUCACCGUGCCAAUUCCUCAGGGACCCCUGCAGCACGGCCACCCAGGCACAGCAGCAGCAGCACCUCAUGAGAGGAAACCAAGCCCAGCAAACAUGUCUGCCGGGGCAGACGAGCAUUUCGGUGCCCCUCUACAACAACCCCGUGGUGUUCUCACAAACGCGUCCCGUUACGGUGGCUGCGCAGAUGCCGACUGAGGGCAGCGAAAGGCAACCGCAGUCUGACUACAGCCAGGACAGGAGCCUCAGAUUCGUUGCAGAGCAGCAGAUCUUGCCUUCCCCAAUACAAAUGCAACCGAUUACAUGUAGCACCGUCCGACCUCCGGCCCCAUCGCCUGUUUUCUCCCCAUCUCUGAUGAUCCCACACACCAGCUUCACAUCCCACCAGGCAAACACACCGGUUCAUCUCCAUCAGUGGCCACAGCAACAGGUUCAGCAGCACCGUCUCUACCUUCAGAUGCAAGCUCCUGAGCCAGUGCCUGGGGGUCCGACGCAGCGCAUUUUCCAGCCUCCCCACACCCCGCAGCAGAACCCCCUGAGCUACUUUCUGCAGCCGCAGCCGCAGAGCCGCCACGCGCAGGGCCAGGCCUGCAACCUGCCCGACCUGCCCGAGAUGCAGCUGCCCUGAGCGCCCGUCGGGAGGCAGGAACCACCUUGGCUGCAGCCGCCCGGCGCCACAGGCGCAGGCGAGGGGAGGACGACGCCGUCAGAGCACGGGACGGGUGAGGCCAUGACCGCGGGGAACGUGGCAGCUGGAGGGACGGUCCCACCAGAGACAGACAGCCCCAGGGGCACCUCGCGGGUUGGGUUUUCCAUGCAGCCGGUCCGUGACGCUGCUUCGGCAGCUGUUGGUGCUCGUGCCCAGCACCGCGGUACAACGGGAAGGCGAUGGCUUCCUGGCCACGGGGAGGUUGUUUGUCAGGUCGCCACGAAGAUCGCUUUGCAUCGCAGAAAACUCUUUUCCAUUCAGGACUUCAAUGCUGAAAGUCACUGUGAAUUUAAGCCCAGGAUUUGGGGCACAUACGCAGACUGUAUGGGUCCGCAGGACACCAUUGGGUUACCAUGUACAUAACUUGUUUCGCUGUAGUAGGUCCAUGGUGGAUUUUCUUUUGUUCCUUUUUUCUAUACCUCAGUCCUACAAUGUUUUGUUUUCCAGGAGAUUGGAUAAUGCUGCUAAUUUACAUAACACCACUUUUGCCUGAAUUUCUUACUGUUAUACCAGCUCACGUCGCAGCUAGUGAGAUAUUUGUCGUGUUUUAUUUUGGUUAUCAAGUGUAGAUAAAUUUAUAUGGUUUUUACUCCCUGUAGCUAAAUAUUUUUCAGGUUACAGACAAAGUACCCUUACUCCGUAUUUUUUUUGGUUGUUUUGUUUCAAGUGAUGUACUUGUAUGUUUCUAUAUCUAAAAACAAGCAAACAAGCAUAGAACAGCAUAUGACAGCAAACUUUAUGGUUUUGCUAGGUCAUGUUUCAAUUUGGCAAACCCGAAACCUACGGCCACAACGACACAAGCGAUCUUACAAGCCCAUAGGGUCAGCAAUAAAUUGUAUUUUUGUAAAUCGUCACUUUUUAACUAUAUGUUUAUAUUUAUGAAUUGAAGAAAGUUGAUUCCUCAGUGGGUGUAUAGUUGUGUCCCUACUGUUUGUGUCUUUCCAAAGGAAAAAUGAAAAUGUACACUUUUUUGGAGUUAGCUGAAUACUAACUUUGGGCACUGUUAGAGCCUGAAUGUAGGAGCCAUUACUAUCAGCUUUGCAAAAAUGGUCAGUGAGGACCAUGUCCUUCUAGCAGCAAAGCUGCAUCUGGCAGUCAGAGCAAGGUUUAGGGCCAGGUUAGUUUGUCACCUCUGAGUCCAAGCAAAGCGUGCUGGCUUUUUGCCUUUUUUUUGUUGUUUUUUUCCCCCUUUUUUCUCUUUUUCUGCUGCUUUCUUGAUUCUUUGUGCCGCCGCAGCAGCUGGAUGCUGGUGCUUACAGCUCGAGCAGCCUUUGGCAUGGGCAACCUCCAGGAGCCCAGUGUUUCAAGAAAAUGGGGGAAGUGGGAAAGAGAGCAUGCAAAAAAAUAGGUAUAGGUAAUGGUGUAUAUGUCUAUAGCUAGGUAUCAAUGCUGUAGGCAAUAUCCACAACUAACUAGCUUGCAUUCCCCCACCAGCCACACACAUUUUCUGCGCUGGAGCACUGGAGGAUUUCAUUAGUGUUGGGGCCAGGAAUGAGCACAUGGGCUGGGUAGCACGGCGGUGCAAACACCUGGAUGGUUUCAGCCUGACUGAAACUGGAUGCGGCAGCCGGAGUUUCCCGGGGAGCUCAGGAGCCCCAGCUGCAGUUUGGCCGCAGCGUUCCUGCCGCCUGACUCACCGCCUGCCCCGGGCCCUUGCACAAGGGGCUGUUUCCCACCCCUGGGGUUUUUCCUGGGGAAGGGGUUUUGAUGUGUUGUGUUGUCUGUGGUGGUGGUGGGAAGACUGGGUGCCCCUACAGCACCCAGCAGCUGUUGUGGGGCUGUUGCAAGGCACGGGACUGCUUUGGUUUGCUUUGGUUGGGUUUGGCUGGGGCGUUUGGGUACACACCUCCCGGGGAUGCCAGCGGUGAUGGAUUGUGGGUUGCAGAGCAGGCGGAGGGAGGUGCAAUCUCCUGGCCAUGGGCAGUGUUUUGGGGAGUGCGGUGGGCUGUAGCACAGAUCCAAGGAGGUGCCCAGUAGCCCUUACCCUGUAUUAGGGCUAAUGCCUUGCGAGUGCAGCCCCGGAAGGCAACCCAGUCAGCACAGGCAGCCCCUGGCAUCUGAGCAGCUGCUCUUGGGCACAGCCUAAACUGCCCCGCCACCCCCAUUUCAAGCCCCUGCAAGUAACCACAGCUACAACAGGGACAGGGACAUCUCACUGCGGGCAGUGAGACGUGGAGCACCCGCCUUUGCAGUACAAUGUGGAGCUAAAAUAAUAACAGCCUCGACCCUUGGCUCUCAGAGCCCAAGUCCCCGGGAGAGUGCAGGGUCUUUCCUGCCCCAGGAGGGUCGUGCUCAGCAUCGUCUGCAGGGCUGCAGCACGGGCCAGCACGGAGCCUUGGAGGUAAGAAAUACAUUUUUUUAUAUAUAUUAUUUUUUUAAAGCACUGUUUUAGGGUCUCCCUGGCUACAACACAGUAUAGUUGCUCAUGAGGUUGGAGCAGGAAGGGUUGUUGUAUUUUUGGUGUUUGGUUGUGAUUUUCUUUUUCCCCUAACCUUGCCACUUUAUGGGGAUGCAAACACACACACUCAUCUAAGGGAGCCACUAUUGUACAGUUGUGGCCCGGCGUGGCUGGCAGAAGGGAAAGGCCACGCACGUCCCUGUCUUGCCUAUUAAACCUGUAUUGCCCAAACACACCACUGUGGCUGUUCUGCAGUGUCCCAUCACUGUACAUGAACCCAGGCAUGGCAGAUGUCACUCAAAUGUGUUUCAGACGUGGUGAUGAUUUGGGUCAGGGCCUGGGGGGGGCGGUAUGAAGAGGGAUUUUUUUAUUAACAAACAGGACAUGGCAGGGAGGUAGCCAAGGCAGAGUAGCUUUUUGGCACUGUUGUGGCUGCGAAAGCAAGUCCAAUAGCAGAGGGUUGGGAAGGGGCCUGGGGGGGCUGUGCCAUGGACACAGCCGUUCUGCUGGCAGCGCUGGGCUGCACGGACAGGGUGGGGAGGGCUGGCACCUCUGCCCACCCGCAGCCUCAGUGAGGAGCACAGGAGCUUUGCAUGGAUGUUUACAUGUUAGAUUGGCCUUGCUGAAACAAAGUACCUAAAAUGCACUUUAUCGCGUGCCCCCCUUGAUUCCCAGUGCUCCCCCAGCCGCUGGCGGGCGGUGGGUGCCUGUGUGGUCCCAUAAGUAGAGCCACUUUUUCCAGAUAUGCUCCGAAGGACAAAAUCCCACCGUCCCUGUUUUUGGGGCUUGCUUGGUCUGUGCUCCACCUGCCCCUGGGCUAGGGGAGGGCCGAGCCAGGGCCAUGGGAUUUUUGCCUUACCUUAUCUCUCGCUCUCAAAAAAAUAUAUAUUAAUAAAUCAAGUUCUUUAUUCAGGUUGAUUUGUAUUUGUUUACCUCGGUGUUAGCUAUGACCUGUGCUUUUCUGGGACCCAUUUGGAAUUGGGGGCUGCUGAUGGCUUUGGUUCACACGCCCCCGGGUGCUUACAAUCAAACACAAGUGUGACUUGUUGGUGACAAACAGGGGCAGGAACAUGCCCAGUGCCACCUGCGUCAGGGUCAGGCUCCAGUGGUGGUGUCAACCUGUUAGUCAUUAAUGUUCGGAGGCUUUCUUGUACACAGGCACCUAUAUACUAUAUUUCUCUCCAUAUAUACAGAUAUGCAGAUAUAUGUGGGUUUAAUAUACAUAUAUAUAUAUAUAUAUGUAUAUGUAUAUAUGUAUGUGUAUAUAUAAAUACAGAUAUAUAGGCCACACAAUUCCAGACCUCUGAAAACACAGGCAGCUUUAAUUAAUGAAGUCUUGCACUUUUAGCAUAUUUGUACAUAUAAGCUAAAGCCUGAUGGUUAUAAUCAGGCUGGUUUGACAAACACGUUGAAAAAUUACUGUAUAUAUUGUAUAUACUCCAUGUAAAAAAUAAAAAAGAAAAUAUGAAAAAAACCUUAGAAUUGAGUAUAAAUCUUGGUUUAUUUUAUAUGAUGUUGCAUAUAGAUACAUUUAUAAAUGUUACUAUUCUUUAAAGUAUUUUGUAAUGGGAAAAAGGAAGUGUCUUAUGAAGAUGAACAGUAAAGAUUUUAUUCUUGUCUUGAAUCUAUGUCUCUGCACAGCUCCAUUGAAUGGAGGCCUGUGCAUUUUGACAAGCUUUAAACAGACUGUACAUAGUAUUUAAAAAAAAAAAAACAAAAAAAAUACCAAAAAAAAAUAAAUAAAAGAGUACUUGCAAGA